GCACUGCGUGAAUGUAUGGCAGCUCUGGAUUUAUUUCUUAACAACAAGUUCUCAGAUGCUUUGGCUUCUCUACAAGCAAAAACUAAAGACAGCAUGUAUCAUGCCCUGACUUAUGCCACCAUACUGGAGAUGCAAGCUAUGAUGACAUUUGAUCCUCAGGACAUACUGAAUGCAGGGAACACAAUGAAGGAAGCUCAAGCCACCUGUCAAAGAAUGACCAAACUGACUUUUUGCAGAUUUAGGAAGAAAUCUACUGUAGCUGAUUCUAUCAACAACCUUGUGCAUAGACAAAGCCUUGAACACUUCACUGAAGAGGAAAUCCAUGCAGAAAUUUGUUAUGCUGAAUGCUUACUUCAGAGAGCUGCACUCACAUUCCUCCAGGAUGAGAAUAUGGUCAGCUUCAUAAAAGGAGGCAUCAAAGUCCGAAACAGUUACCAAACCUACAGGGAGUUGGACAGUCUCAUACAGUCCCCACAUUAUGUCAAAGGAGAAAACCAUCUUCAUUUUGAGGGAGGUGUAAAACUUGGAGUUGGAGCAUUUAACCUGACAUUGUCCAUGUUUCCUGCACGGAUUCUGAGAUUACUGGAAUUUGUUGGAUUUUCUGGGAAUAAGGAACACGGUCUGCUGCAGCUUCAAGAAGGAGCAUCAUCAUACAGCUUUAGGUCGGUGCUGUGUACCAUGCUGUUGCUUUGCUAUCAUACUUUCAUGACCUUUGUGUUAGGGACAGGAAAAGGAAAUGUUGAGGAAGCAGAAAAACUACUUAAGCCUUACUUGGUGCGCUAUCCGAAGGGAGCCAUAUUCCUGUUUUUUGCAGGCAGGAUAGAAACACUAAAGGGUAAUAUUGAUGCGGCAGUCAGUAGGUAUGAGGAAUGCUGUGAAGCUCAGCAGUACUGGAAGCAGUUUCACCACAUGUGUUACUGGGAGCUGAUGUGGUGCUUCACCUACAAGCGCCAGUGGAAGAUGGCUUUUUUCUAUGCAGACCUGCUGAGCAAGGAAAACACUUGGUCAAAGGCUACUUACAUUUACAUGAAAGCUGCUUAUCUCAGUAUGUUUGGACCAGAUGACUGCAGUCCUUUUGGAGACAGUGAAGUUGAAUUAUUUAGGAUUGUUCCCAGUCUGAAACUGAAAAUUGCAGGGAAAUCUCUGCCCACAGAAAAGUUUGCAAUUCGGAAAGCACGACGAUAUCUUUCUUCAAACCCAGUUCCUUUGCCUGUCCCACCUUUGGAAAUGAUGUAUAUCUGGAAUGGCUAUGCUGUAAUUGGAAAAUGUCCCAACUUAACAGAAGGCAUGUUAGAGACUUUAAAUGAAGCAGAAGAAGCACUGGCAAGAAGUUCAGCUACAGAACUACUGGCAGAUGACCGGUGUGUGAUAAAGCUGUUAAAGGGAUUAUGCUUCAAGCAUUUGGGCAAGAUCUCAGAAGCAGAAGACCAUUUUAAUUACAUCUAUUUAAAUGAGAAGAAGAUAAAAUAUGACCAUUAUCUAAUUCCAAAUGCCUUGCUGGAGCUGGCAAUACUGUACCUGGACCAGGAUAGAAGAGAAGAAGCAAUAAAACUUCUGGAAAAAGCAAAACAAAACUACAAGAAUUAUUCCAUGGAAACAAGGACACAUUUCAGAAUUCAAGCUGCCCUGCACCAAGCCAAAUCUGCCCCAGAAAAUGGAAUGCACUGUGGAGCCUCAGCAGUGUCGUAACAUUUUCUUCUUUGAUGUUCUGUUUGUUGCAAACUUUGUGCAGAAAAUUACUGACACUUUAGAAUUAUUUUUCCUUUUCUUUCAAGUCCAUGAAAAACCAAAUAACUUAAAAUUUUGAAGAUGAUGCAUAAAACAUUUGUCUAGUGUAAUAACAUGGCAAAAAAUCUCUCAAACCAACCAUA